AGCAGCCAUGAAAACGGGAGCAUGUUUUGCAAUCCAGGGGUAUAGGGGAAGAGAGAGAGAGAGAGAGAGAGAGAGAGAGAGAGAGAGAGAGAGAGAGAGAGAGAGAGAGAGAGAGAGAGAGAGAGAGAGAGAGAGAGAGAGAGAGAGAGAGAGAGAGAGAGAGCAGGUGAUCGUGAUGGACGAAGAGGAGCACAUGGCCUCGCUUCGGCUCAGCAUGGUCCAGCACAUACGCAUGUCGUGGGAGGAGCUGCAUACAUGAUCGACAGUUUCCUCGUCCAGACUCUUGA